GUAAAUGACCUGUUUAUAUGUGGCAACACACUAGUUGCUGGUCAAACUGAAGUGAAUGAUAGUCAGUGAAUGUUAGUGUGGAAUAAACAAUGUGCUAUGUGAACGUGUUGCAAUGACUUAAUUAUAGAUCAAUAAAAUUUAAUACGAUUAAAACAUGGCGUAGUCGUGUGGAAUAGUAUUACAACUAAUUGCCAGGCAAUCAAUCCCCUUGGUUGUUUUUCCUCUCAGCAGACGCAAGAUGGAAUUUUGUUGCCCACCACAAGGCCUAAGUUUCGACGACAAUGUGGCUGAAAACUGGCACAGAUUCAAGCAGCUGUUCCAGAUUUAUAUGAAAGCUUCAGGAAAUGCUUCAAAAGAUUCAGAUGUGAAAGUUGCUUUAUUUUUAAAUGCCGCUGGUGAGGAAGCAGUUGAAGUGUUCAACACGUUCAAUCUUUCAACAGGAGAUCAGGGUAACUAUGAAAAAGUGCUUGAGAGGUUUGAAGCUUUCACGACACCUAGAACAAAUGUUGUGGUGGAGAGAUUUUUAUUCAAUAAGAGAAAACAAGAAGAAGGGGAACUUUUUGAUUGUUUCGUAACUGACCUGAAAAAACUUGUAAAAUCUUGCGAAUUUGGUGAGCAGAGUGACUCUGUCAUACGUGAUCGCAUUGUCCUUGGAGUAUCAGAUGCCAGUUUACAGGAGAGGAUGCUGCGAGAAAAUAAUCUGAGUUUGGAAAAAGCAAUUGAAUUAGGGAAAGCAGCUGAAUUGAGCAAAGCUCGUGCUCAAACGUUAAGAGAACACAAUGUUGACAGCGUAACUAGAGAAAAGUGA